GGAAGGUCGACUCUAGCAAAGUAAGCCGUGAAGUUGCAUUCAUUUGCGAUGAUGAAGUUGCUGUGGUGCUGCUUAAUUGCAGCAUUAUUGACUACAAUUUCUGCCGCAGCUUCAAUAGAUGUUGAGAAAACUGUCAAACAAGUAGAGAAUAUCUUACAAGCAAACUCUGAAUUACCUCGACUCACGAGAGAAGAAAUAUUACAAUUAUUAAAUGAUAUAAGAGCAGAAGAUUCUAAAAGCAAAUCGUCAACGGAGUCCCAAGAAAAAACAACAACAACAACAUCUACAACAACGUCAUCUUACAGCGCCGAAGACAAUGAAAUAAAUCCUAUAACUAAAGUACCACACAUCAAAGACAACAUAGCGACAGAAAAGGAUCCCAUUGCAGCAACAUCAGCACCAGUAUCAUCUAUUGAAUCGACAACAAAAAAGAAUGGCCCCUCAGUUAUGGUCGUAUUACCAUAUACACCACGCGAUGGAUCAUCUUUACAAGAACUGUAUACAAGACCGCCUAGAGUAGAAGUAAUCCCAGAAUCUGAAGCAACGCCAAAACCAGUUAAGAAAAUUAAUUCUACUAAAAAGUUGCUACAGACUUUAGAAAAUAAUGCAAAGUUAGCAAACAAACAAAAACUGGACAUACCAGCUGAGUUGCAGGCUUUUCUUGAUGCGCAUGGUUUGAAAGGCAAGCCUGGUCAGGACAAUUUUCUUUUGCCCUUAGAAGGCUUUAAGCCUUUGCCUCCGGCGAAAGUAGUCGAUGGAACGGUUCAACUACCAGAGAAUAUUCUUUUGUCUUAUGACUUAAUACCAUCUAAUUCUGACAACAAUCCUAUGACUCUUGACGAUAGUUACCCAUCUCCUAAUAAUUAUCCUUUUGAACCACUUCGCCCUGAAUUGCCUUUUGAAUUAGAGACUGCAUCAUCAGAAAUUAAAAAGACAGUUUUUCCUUAUGAUUUACCUAAAAGCAAAAACUAUGAUCCUAUAGACUAUGACUCUAUAAAAGUUAUACCUUUACAAACAGGAAUCAAUCCGAUUGAAGUUGAUAAAAUUAAUGAGACAAGUGAUUCAAAUAAGAGACAGGCUAAUGCCACCAACGAUUCAUCAACUACAUCAACUUCAACUACAUCAACAACAACAGAAGCAACAACUACUUUAGCUAGCAACUCAAAAGACGCUCCUGCUGAUCUUGCUGUAGAUUCCGCAGCGGCUGACACUGAUUCAGACUCUGGCGCAUCAAUUGCUGAUCUAGAAGAUUCCUUUGGAGGUGCCGCACCAGAAAAACCCGGGGACGCAACAUUACCCCCACCAAGAAGAAAUGGAUUCUACUGGAUGUUAGACUGGAAUAGUUUUCUUGAAGUCGGUGACGGUGAUACAAAAGUUAAUAUUAGAUUAGAACCAAAAUUAGGCGAUCCACAAAUGUUUUUGCCAGUAAAUGUUCCGUGAUUAUACGAAGUUAAACAUUAAUUGUUAAUUCUAGUCUUGAUUAGGGAUUCUAUUGUGGUUUCUGAGAAACUAUUGAAUCGGAUAGGGAACGUUUGGGUAUUUUGGCGGUGCGUAUUUAAGCGAAUUGUUCAUUUAUUUAAAUGUCAACAUGUUACUAAAUUUAACUGUUGCGACGUAAUAAUUGGAUGACUUAUUUUGUUUUAAUUUAUGUUAGCAAUCACAUGAUUGCUAACAUAAAUUAAAACAAAAUUGAAAAAUUGAUUGUGCCCAAAGUGUUUUAAACUUUUAUUUUCUUGUGUAAUGUGACAUAUCACUUCGCCUUUAACUUGUUAAGUCACGGUGUAAUGAUUGGAAGGAAUGUGAAAAUAGGGCGUAGUAGUUCAAGCAUAACGAUUGAAAGCGAAUAAAACCUGUCUCGAGUAGUGUAAUUAUUAUUAUGUUAUAUUACCAAUAAUAUAGUUACUAC